GCCGCCGCCGCCGGGGGAGGGGCGGCCGCCGCCCGCCUGCGCUGAGAGACUCACGCAGCCCCAGUCCCGCCAGUCCGCCAACACUGUAGUGCCGGCCCCCCCCCUCCUUCCCUGGCCCUUCCCCCUCCCCGCCUUUGGCUCGCUCCGCCUUUCUGCCCCCCACCCCCACUUCACGGGCACGGGCCAUUCCCGGCCAGGAAACGCCGUGGCGCCGCGUUGGGCCUAACUCGAGUCCUGCUGCCUCCCGGGAGUGCUGUGCGCCGCAGCCCGGGCCCAGGCCCCGGCAGCGCCUGGGACAAGGUCUUCAGAGUUACUGGCAGAUAAUUUUGGGAGACUUCAUAUUCGGAGGUCUAUAAAAAGGAUUCCUCAUGUCCAUAACAUGUUGGUUAAGGCUGUGCAGCUCACCCCCACUCUCAGAGUGGCCAGUCUCCAUUAAUUGGACCCCGUGAUUUCCACUCUCUUGCUGUAUUGGACGUCAUGAGCAUUGCAAUCCCUCUGGGAGUCACCACACCAGAUACAUCCUACUCAGAUAUGGCUGCUGGAUCAGAAAAGGAAGUGGAAGCCCCCUACCUUUCAAGACGAAGUGGCACUACACCAGGAUGUGAAAGUCCAGCGAAAGAGACCCAAGGGGCCUAGGGGGCAGCACACCCCCAGAAGCCAAGUCUAUUCCAGGCAGUACCAGGGAUUAGGGUCUGGGCUGGAAAAAUCCUGGUGUUUUGAAUAUGUUCAGGUCCAGUUCAGACUCUUGAUCCCACAGCCACUUCUUGAGUGAGGGUAUCCUGUCUUGGUAGUGAAUGGAAGAGGGCCUGGUCCCUGGGGCAGUGCAGAAGGCACUUUCAUCAUCUCACUCACUGCAAAUGUCAUGUGAGGUUUCAUGGAAGUAUUAAGAGAUCCAAUUAAGAAGAAUAGUUCUGAGUCUAAACCAGCCCAGAGUGGCUUCUCUAGGGGAAACUCCCUGCUCAGCUGCCCUGAAUCUGUGGAGGCUAGUCCAGCAGUUAAUGAGAAGAGCGUGUAUUCCACUCAUAAUUAUGGGACCACUCAGAGGCAUGGGUGUCGAGGACUGCCUUAUGCUGAUCAUAAUUACGGAGCCCCUCCUCCUCCGACACCUCCUGCUUCUCCCCCUGUCCAGACGAUCAUCCCUCGUUCUGACCUGAAUGGCCUGCCGUCGCCCGUAGAGGAACGCUGUGGAGACAGCCCGAACUCUGAAGGAGAGACUGUUCCUACCUGGUGUCCUUGUGGUCUUUCUCAGGAUGGCUUCCUUCUCAACUGUGACAAGUGCAGGGGAAUGAGCAGGGGGAAGGUUAUUAGACUUCAUCGGCGGAAGCAGGACAACAUAUCAGGUGGGGAUAGCAGUGCAACAGAAAGCUGGGAUGAGGAGCUUUCUCCUUCCACUGUGUUGUACACAGCAACACAGCACACACCUACAAGCAUCACCUUAACUGUUAGAAGAACCAAACCCAAGAAGCGGAAGAAGAGUCCAGAAAAGGGUCGUGCAGCAGCAAAGACGAAGAAAAUCAAGGCAUUUCGAGAGGGAUCCCGGAAGUCCUUGCGGAUGAAGAAUUCUCCUUCUGAAGCACAGAAUUUAGAUGAGAAUACAACUGAGGGAUGGGAAAAUCGGAUAAGACUAUGGACUGAUCAGUAUGAAGAAGCUUUCACUAAUCAGUACAGUGCAGAUGUACAGAACGCCCUUGAACAACAUCUACAUUCUAGCAAGGAAUUUGUGGGCAAACCUGCUAUUUUAGACACUAUUAAUAAGACUGAAUUGGCCUGUAAUAAUACAGUUAUUGGUUCCCAAAUGCAGCUACAGUUGGGAAGAGUCACUCGUGUUCAAAAGCACCGGAAGAUCCUGAGGGCUGCAAGAGAUUUGGCUUUGGACACUCUUAUAAUAGAGUAUCGAGGGAAAGUCAUGUUACGACAGCAGUUUGAGGUCAAUGGGCAUUUCUUCAAAAAACCAUACCCCUUUGUGCUCUUCUACUCAAAAUUCAAUGGUGUAGAGAUGUGUGUGGAUGCACGUACUUUCGGUAAUGAUGCUCGGUUCAUCAGAAGAUCGUGUACACCAAAUGCAGAGGUGCGACACAUGAUUGCAGAUGGGAUGAUUCACCUAUGUAUCUAUGCGGUGUCUGCCAUCACCAAGGAUGCUGAGGUCACGAUAGCAUUUGAUUAUGAGUACAGUAACUGUAAUUAUAAAGUGGACUGUGCAUGUCACAAGGGGAACCGGAAUUGCCCUAUACAGAAAAGGAAUCCCAAUGCUGCAGAACCACCACUCCCACCUCCUCCAAGUUUACCAACCAUAGGAGCAGAGACAAGACGUAGAAAAGCACGACGGAAAGAGCUAGAGAUGGAACAGCAGAAUGAGGCUCCAGAAGAGGAUAACAAUCAGCAAUCAGAACAUGUUCCUGAGAAAGUAACUGUGUCCAGUGACCAUGAGGAAACAGACAAUCCAGAAGAAAAAGCAGAAGAAGAGAAAGAAGAGGUUACAGAUGACCAGGAGAACCCAGCUCAUAGCAGAAGGACCCGGGAAGACAGGAAGGUCGAGGCCAUCAUGCAUGCUUUUGAAAACUUAGAGAAAAGAAAGAAGCGGCGGGAUCAGCCCUUAGAACAAAGCAAUUCUGACAUAGAGAUUACUACCACCACCUCAGAGACCCCUGGGGGAGAAGAGGCAAAAACUGAAGCCCCUGAACCUGAAGUUAGCAACCCGGCUUCAAACAUGACCAUCCCAAGCACCCCACAGACUGUUGGAGUGAACACCCGGAGGUCUUCCCAAGCAGGGGAUGUUGCUCCAGAAAAGCCAGUCCCCAAGCCGCCUCCAGCAAAGCCUUCUAGGCCCCGACCGAAGAGUCGCAUUUCUCGGUACCGGACCAGUUCAGCCCAAAGACUAAAGCGUCAGAAGCAGGCCAUUGCACAACAGGCAGAGUUGUCACAAGCUGCCUUGGAAGAGGGCGGAAAUAACAGCUCUGUGACUCCUACUGAAGCUGGAAAUACAGACAGUUCAGGAGAAAACAGGCAAUUAAUAGGGUCUGACCCAACUGUGGUAUCAGUUACUGGAUCCCAUGUCAACCGUGCGGCACCUAAAUACCCCAAAACCAAAAAGUAUCUAGUUACAGAAUGGUUGAAUGACAAAGCCGAGAAGCAAGAAUGCCCUGUUGAGUGCCCUUUACGUAUCACCACGGACCCAACCGUACUGGCAACAACCCUGAACAUGUUACCCGGUCUUAUCCAUUCCCCAUUAAUUUGCACCACCCCCAAACACUACAUUCGCUUUGGCUCACCCUUUAUCCCUGAGAGACGUCGAAGGCCCCUUCUGCCUGAUGGCACCUUCAGCUCCUGUAAAAAGCGCUGGAUAAAGCAAGCCUUGGAAGAAGGGAUGACUCAAACGUCAUCUGUACCCCAAGAGACUAGAACUCAGCACCUAUACCAAAGUAACGAGAAUAGUAACUCUUCUAGUAUCUGCAAAGACAAUGCAGACUUGUUGAGCCCAUUAAAGAAAUGGAAGUCUCGCUAUCUGAUGGAGCAGAAUGUCACCAAGUUACUGCGGCCUCUUUCUCCAGUCACACCACCCCCUCCCAAUUCAGGCUCAAAGAGCCCCCAGCUGACCACACCUGGCCCAUCUCACCCAGAAGAGGAGUGUCGAAAUGGAUACAGCCUCAUGUUCUCACCAAUCACGUCUCUUACUACUGCUAGUCGCUGCAAUACUCCUCUGCAGUUUGAGAACAUAUCCUCCCCUGAGAGUUCCCCUGCGAAUAGGCCCGAGUCCCUGUCACCCGAGCUUUGUCACCGAAAAGAUGUGGACUUGACAAAAGUAGGCUACCUUGACUCCAACACUAACAGCUGUGCUGACAGACCUUCCCUGAUCAACUCAGGUCCUUCUGACCUGGCUCCUCAUCCCUCUGUCGGGCCCCCCUCUGAGACUGGCUUUCCAAGCAGGAGUGGAGAUGGACAUCAGACCCUUGUGAGGAACUCGGACCAGGCAUUUCGGACAGAGUUUAAUUUAAUGUACGCCUACUCCCCAUUGAACGCUAUGCCUCGAGCAGAUGGAUUAUAUCGAGGAUCUCCCCUAGUAGGGGAUAGGAAGCCUUUACAUUUGGAUGGGGGAUAUUGUUCCCCUGCAGAAGGGUUUCCCAGCAGAUACGAACAUGGCUUUAUGAAAGACCUCUCUCGUGGAUCCAUGUCACCUGGUGGUGAAAGGGCUUGCGAAGGAGUCCCAUCUGCCCCCCAGAACCCACCGCAGAGGAAAAAGGUAUCCCUGUUGGAGUACCGCAAACGGAAACAAGAAGCCAAGGAGAAUUCUGCCAGUGGGGGAGGUGACUCUGCACAGAGCAAAAAUAAGUCUGCAGGAGCUGGGCAAGGCAGCAGUAACUCACUUUCUGACACUGGUGCCCAUGGUGUGCAGGGAUCCUCAUCCCGAACCCCAUCUUCCCCUCACAAAAAAUUCUCCCCAUCUCAUUCCUCUAUGUCCCAUAUGGAGGCGGUAAGCCCAUCAGAUUCCAGAGGCACUUCAUCUCACUGCAGACCUCAAGAGAAUAUCAGCAGUAGGUGGAUGGUUCCCACGUCAGUGGAACGACUCCGAGAAGGAGGGAGCAUCCCCAAGGUCCUCCGAAGCAGUGUGAGGGUGGCCCAAAAAGGAGAGCCUUCUCCCACAUGGGAGAGUAACAUCACAGAGAAAGACUCAGACCCUGCAGAUGGAGAAGGCCCAGAGACACUGAGCUCAGCACUCUCUAAAGGAGCAGCCGUUUACAGCCCUUCCAGAUACAGCUACCAGCUCCUGCAGUGUGAUAGUCCACGGACAGAAUCACAAAGCCUCCUUCAGCAGAGUUCCUCCCCCUUUAGAGGACAUCCCACCCAAUCUCCAGGAUACAGUUAUCGAACUACUGCACUGAGACCUGGAAACCCCCCCUCUCAUGGUUCUUCAGAAUCCUCCCUCUCUUCUACGUCCUAUUCCAGCCCCGCCCACCCUGUAUCCACAGACUCGUUGGCCCCAUUUACGGGGACACCAGGGUAUUAUAGCAGCCAGCCACAUUCUGGAAACAGCACUGGCAGCACUCUUCCAAGGAGGAGCUGCCCUUCUAGUGCUGCUAGCCCUACCCCACAGGGCCCCUCAGACUCGCCGACCUCAGACUCGGUCUCCCAGUCCAGCACAGGAACUCUGAGUUCCACCUCCUUCCCUCAGAACUCUAGGUCGUCAUUGCCAUCAGACUUACGGACUAUCAGUCUGCCCAGUGGGCAGUCCGCUGCCUACCAGGCCUCCAGGGUAUCUGCGGUUUCCAAUUCACAGCACUACCCACACCGUGGGAGUGGGGGUGUGCACCAGUACCGACUCCAGCCACUGCAAGGCUCAGGAGUCAAGACUCAGACAGGACUUUCCUAGGGCUUCUGGAUUUGGGCAAACAGAACUGAAUGAGCCCAUAGCUGCUUCCUUCCAGCUGCCUCUGGAACCUAGGCCGAGCAUAUUGCUGGGGAAGAGGGUACAAGGUGCCAGAGGACUGGGUCUGGUCGACAAGAAACGAGACUUGUGGUCGCGACUGGCUCUGGCCUUGGAGAAAGAUGUAAAUCUUGUCUGAAGCAGAGACUUAUAAAGAAGUUUCUCCCUGCUGUUAAGGGUACAUUGUUGACAAGCAAAUGGUGUUCCGGUUAGUAACGGUUCUAAGUGCAAUGAGUCGUGUUGAAGCCUCUGUCUCCCGUCCUUGCCUGUAGCCUGUAGUCACUUGUGCAGUGGGGACAUCUUUUUACACACACACACACACACACACACACACACACCCACACACACACCCCCAAAAAAGUUUUCUUUUCGGAGGAAAAAAAUGAAAAGAGCCAAUCUCUAAGCCCCAAGCCAUCUGAGUAAUAGUAGGGUUUUUAUGCACUUAAGAAGAAAGGUAGGUAUGUAAAUUUUCACCCUGUGACAGACGACCAUUCCAAAAGCAGGUAUCUGGCCAAGAUGUGUCCACCAAGAAUACUCCCUACCUUUGUCUUAAAAUCACCAAGAAAUAUAGGCAGGGAUAGCAAAGCUUGGAAUGUGCUCUGGCUGAGGGGUGCCUGGCUCUCUGAAGAAGAGCUCCUGGUCAACUCGAUUCAGGAGCAGGUGAUUGUCUGAGCCCCCAGCUGUUCCCAUACCACUCCCCUCCCCAAGCUGUCUCACAGCUCAGUAACCCAGAAAGUAAGUAGACAAAAGAGGAAUAAGUGAGAUGGGCCAAUUGCAUUGCUACUUAUCAGCUGUUGGCAAUAAAUUUGAUUAGUAAGGAUCCCAAGUGCUUUGGGACUUCUUUGAAUUUUAUUUUUUCUACUCCCUGUUAAUCAGGAGUUGACGAUCCCACGAGUAGGACCGCCUCCACGAUUAGGGAGCACGCACUUGUGACUGCAGGGUAAGAGUGGAAAGAGAUGUUUGUGGAGUGGCACCGACAGGACUGUGAUUGUGUGGGGCAUGUCCCACAAUUCUUUGGGGGAUGCUUAUUUGAGAGUGGCCCAGGUGAGAGAGUUAUAAAGCCACCCACACACCUAACACUGUUCUGGAUGAGAGACGCGAGCAGACUGGCUUCUCCCCAUCAGUGCAUUGUGCCUGCUGUACACCCCUGGAGGAGCCCUGGAGCCUGCCCAGGUGGGGUACACAAUCUUUUUAAAAUUCCAUACGGUUGCCAGCUUAUUUCUUUCACUUGUUUACUGUAAUAUCCGGCGUGUUUUUAUUUAUCUAAUUUUGUAUUCAGUUAUAACCAUGGUAGGGGUAGCAAAUAUAUGACAGGUGUAAUCCCUGGUGCUGCAGUGGACCUUACUUCUUUUCUUUUGGACAAGAUAAUACUGUGAGUCUCCUUCCUUCCAGUUUGUUUUCUCCUCCUUUUUUUCCCCAGCCUCUUGCAUCCCCUUCUUUUCUACCCUCUCUUACAACUAUCAUAUGCACAGUCUUCUCUCUUUGUGUGUGACUGUUACAAAAUUUCACUUUUUCAAAAUUGAAAUCAGGUGUUUGCUCAAAUGAGGGGAGAUUUCUUUUUUUUAAUGCUGAGACCUCAGCAGAAUACUUUUCUUUUUGUUGUUUCCCCCACAAACCCAUCAGUCUGGGAGAGCGUUGGGAGUGGAAAUCAUGUUGCCUGGGAUGCUGGUUUCUUUGUAUAUUAUAUAAAACGUAUGUAAAUGUCUCUCCAUUUGGGCUGGGGUUUGCAUUCUCCCCUUGGCUGUUAACCAAGGGGAGAGGCCAGCGGGCAGGCGGCCCUCACCCUGCCUGGCACGUGCAGAGACCCCAGCCACUCUGUGUGGGCAGGGUGCUGUCAAGACCAGACCUCUGGGGGGGGGCGGGGGCGGGGGGUGGGGGGAACUCUUGGAAGGGAAGAAGUAUCACUUCUUUCUCAAGUGGAGUGUUUACACCUUGCUGUAACAUUUGAACUUUCACAAGAGAUGUAAUAAUUUUGAUAAUAAAAUUCUUAACCAUAAUAAUCA